AUGGCCAAGAGACUGUUAGAAUCAAGCCAAAAUGAUCAGGCCAAUCGAAAAAACUCAAAGAUUGAGAAGAAAGAAGUAUCGUUUUAUGAGGAGGAAGAAACAGAUGAUUCUUUUGAUAGUUUUUACCAGGAUGAAGAAGAUGAUUUAAGUGAUAUUGAUUGGGAAGAAGUUUCUUUAGAUGGAAGCUUAACUGUCACAUUUGGCAAUAUACGCAGAGACAGGGAGAAAGUCAGCAAGUACAAAAGAAAGCAUAAUAAAAAAGCAUUCAAUUAUCAGCGACUUAAAUAUGGACUCCAUUUGAUAAUGAUUCCAUUUAUGUUAUUUUUGUUAAAAUCUAGGAUGAAAUGGAUAGACGAUGAAAGACUAAAUAGGCGACUAAGAAGGUCUGUACCAAAAUUAAUUGGCAAAAAAUUCAAAGAUUGGGAUGUAAGGGAUCCAGCUUUUAAAAUGGAUUCUUUAAGAACCCUUUUGCUUGGUUUGGUCUUAUGGUUCCGUUCCAAUUACAAAAUGAAUAGCAAUGGCAUUAGACAGAAUUUCAACAGGCUGCAAUACCUUAUCAAGUAUGCCGAUAACCAAAACGAAAAUUCAAUCUCUGAAUCUACAUAUAAAAAAGUUCUUGAAAAUCAACAAGAAUUUUAUGGAAAUAGGCCGUUGAUAAAUCAUGGUGUUGAAGAUAUUCGCAAGAUGGCUAAAAGGAAAAUGGCCAACAGAGAUAUUCUAACGUUGUUCUUCUUUAUUAUCUUAGAAAAUGUGCUACCGGGGCCUAAGAAGCUUUACUUAUGCUUUGCCUUGCCCUUGCACGAUUACGAUAUUAGGUGCAAUAAGGUGAAGUGGCAAAUCGAACAUGGUAUUGGCAAAGUUCCCAACAGAUUUGACUCUGACCUAAUACAACCUUAUUUUUGGAUUGAAUUAGAAGUUCCUACUUUGAGCGAUGGUGAAUUAUACAUCAUUGACCCUAUAGCCCAUCUGGGUGAACGUGAAAUGGUCUUGAAAACACGCGAAGAUCAGUUUGUCCCUACUUAUCAACCUUCGGUAGACAUGAAGUACAACCUAAACCAAAAGUUUCAUUAUGUAGUCCGUAUCAAUCAUGCUGAAAAGGUACUACAAGAUGUUUCACCAAGAUAUGUGCCAAAUGUUUGUUACAGGUACUUUGAAUUAUCUGAGUCUUCUCCUAUUUUGAAAUCGAAGCAUUACACUAGCUACCAAUAUCUAUCUAAGUGGUUGAAAGUCUUGAACAAGAAAAAAGCAUCUGUUCAUCAUUACGCAAUAAUGAAAAAGAUUGCUUUAACUAAUUUUACAUUACCAAAGAGUGUGACAGAGAUUAAAAGAACAGAUAAUUUCGUGAUUCCCUCUCUGUUAAAGUCUAAUGAAGUAUUAAAAGCAUGUGCAAAACAAGCCGCAACAUUUACUAAGGGAGACAAUUCACAAGAGCCCAUAUUUUGGAGAAGAGACGUCAUUCAAUUAAAGAGUAAACAGCACUGGGCAAUAUUAGGGCGUUCCAUUCUACCUAAUGCUCAACCAUUAAAACGUAAAAAGUAUCUACCGAUGAGGGAAAGGAUGGUAAGAAACCUAGACAAGUACGUUAUCAAAGAAUUGUUUUCGUAUGAGCAAACAAUGAAGUCUCCUAAAUACCCCAGCACGUAUUGCGAUCAUUUAGGACAGGAACAUGUGAUAACAGAUUUGUCGCAUUAUAAAAAUAAAUUUGGCAACAUCGAAAUUUACUCGAAAGAAACUAAGCCUGAUGGAUUUGAAUUAAUACCGCUUAGCAAAGAAGUUGAUAUUAAAUGCCUGAUAAAGGAGUAUAACAAAGGUAAAAGAAAGAUGCAAAAAAUCAAGUAUUUGGAUGUGGUAAGUGGAUUUGAUUUUAAACAGAAAAAAGGCCAUGCCAUUCCGAAAAUUGAAAGCAUUCUAGUCAAAGAGACAGACUAUAAAGCAGUCCAGCUUUUGAAGCAGCAAACUAAAGUACUACUGGGACUCUCGUUCUGGGACAUUCUAUUAAGAAAGCUACGAGUUAACGAUCGAUUAAAUGCUGAGUACGGUAAUGUUGGAAAUAAUGAAGAAACGUUGGACGACCAUUGA